GCAGACGGGGUAUUCGCUGCUGUGGAUUCUCUUCUGGUCCACGGCGCUGGGCUUGCUGCUGCAGGCGAUAGCAGCGCGCGUGGGCGUGGUGACGGGGUGCCACCUGGCGGAGCUGUGCCGCAUGGAGUACUCCCCCGUGGUGCGCACCGUGCUCUGGCUCAUGGCGGAGGUGGCCAUAGUGGGCGCGGACAUCCAGGAGGGCGCUGUGCCGCUGUGGGCCGGCGUGCUGAUCACUGGCCUGGACAGCUUCCUCCUCCUGUUUCUCGAGAACUUAGGCAUUCGCAAGCUCGAGGCGCUCUUUGGCCUCUUCAUAUCCAUCAUGGCGGUCUCCUUCGCCCGCAUGUUCCUGGAAGCUGCGCCGGACACGGGGGCCAUUGCACAGGGUCUGCUCAUUCCAUCCAUCCCUCGCGGCGCCAUGGGGAUGGCAGUGAGCAUAGUGGGCGCCGUCAUCAUGCCGCACAACAUCUUCCUGCACUCCGCGCUCGUGCAGUCGCGGGCCAUCGACCGCCACUCCCCCGCACGCGUGUCAGAGGCGCUUGUCUACUUCACCCUGGAGUCCGCCAUUGCUCUCCUCCUCUCCUUCCUCGUCAACCUCUGUGUCGUCUCCGUCUUUGCAAAGCUGUUCUAUGGGCGACCAGGGGCUGUAGACAUUGGGCUCGAUAACGCUGCUGAAUAUCUACAGGAAGCCUUUGGCUCCUCCACCUUUCCAGUGGUCUUCAUCUGGGCGGCGGGCUUACUGGCCGCCGGCCAGUCGUCCACCAUGACAGGAACCUAUGCGGGGCAGUUUGUGAUGUCGGGCUUCCUGGACCUGCACGUGUGCAAGUGGGAAGCCUUUGGCUCCUCCACCUUUCCAGUGGUCUUCAUCUGGGCGGCGGGAUUACUGGCCGCCGGCCAGUCGUCCACCAUGACAGGAACCUACGCGGGGCAGUUUGUGAUGUCGGGCUUCCUGGACCUGCACGUGUGCAAGUGGGAAGCCUUUGGCUCCUCCACCUUUCCAGUGGUCUUCAUCUGGGCGGCGGGCUUACUGGCCGCCGGCCAGUCGUCCACCAUGACUGGAACCUAUGCGGGGCAGUUUGUGAUGUCGGGCUUCCUGGACCUGCACGUGCGCAAGUGGGUGCGCGUGCUCGUCACGCGCACCGUUGCCAUCGUGCCCACCAUCGUCGUGGCUCUGCUCUACAGCUCACCCGCUGCCUCUCCGCCAGUGGCAGCACUGUUUGUGCCCCUAACAGGAGCAGCAGACACGAGUGCUGCUGCAGCAGCUGUUCCCACGUUUGUCAACGUUUCAACUCCCUUCCGGCCUGCAACAGCAACAGCAGCAGCUAGUCUUCUCUUCUCCUCUCCCUUGGCUGCCCUGCCUUCUCCUAUCACGGACCACUCCCUUGUGUCAUCCAUUUCACCCUCGAAUGCAUCACUGCAGUUCAUCACAUCGCUUGCUGCUUCCCUCCCCUUCUCCUCCACUCCCCACUCCUCCUCCUAUCCCCUCUCCUCCCCCCCCUCCACUCUCCCUGCCGCACUCACCCCUCAUGCCUCUCUCACCCCCCCCAUGCUCACCAUCUCCUCGCUGGAUUCCCUCAACGAGUGGCUCAACGUCCUCCAGUCCGUGCAGCUGCCCUUCGCCAUCAUCCCCCUUCUUGCUAUCGCCACGUCACCGCACGUCAUGGGGCGAUACGCAAUCAAGGGGGCGGUCAAGGUGCUAGCCUGGGCGUCAGCGGCUCUGGUCAUCGCCAUCAACCUCUAUCUCCUCCUCGACUUCUCCCGGACCAACCUCCCGCACUCGCUCACCACGCUCUGCCUCCUGCUCCUCCUCGCCCUGCCGUACCUGCUCUUCCUCCUCCACCUCGCCCUCCGCCCUCGCAGUGAAGGGGCCGAGUUCAGCCACCACCAUCGCCACUCCAGUGGGGCCCAUCCUGGUGCCCACUUGCACGGUAGCUACAGUAACGAGCACUCUAGUAACAGCCUGGCGCCUCAACCGGGACAUUCAGGGAGGCAAACCGGUCUUGGAGCGCCUUUGUUAGAAGGCUAGCAGAAUCGGUAACACACCACAACCUGACAUAAUAUCGUUUUGUGAGCUACCCAGCGUGAUCCCUGUAUUGCAAGCCAUAAUAGUUUUCUAGUGCCUUUGCUGAACCAGAUGCAGUGCAGACAACACCUUGGCUUCCGCGCU